AUGACUAAGAGCGACAUGAAAACUUUCAAGAAGGAUAACACCGAUGGGAACCUCUUUUCAUUCACUCUCGCGGACAAUACAGCCGAUAUUAAUGUACUGGUGACAGGGGAACUCGGCCACGAAAUGUUCGAAAAAAUACAAACGGGGCACUGCUAUCAGAUAUGUGAUUUCAAACAAAGGCCCUCGCAUCCUCUGUACAAGGUCACGAACCAUACGUGUGAAUUGCUUCUGGGAAAGAUCAGUGAAGUGAGACAGAUCGACGGAGGUCAUCUCCCCAAAAAGGUUGAAAAGUACUUCACGAUAAAUCAGAUUAGAGAUACGGAGGUGGGGAAGAUGAUAGAUUUACAGGCUAUAAUCUACGACGUCGGGGAAAUUCAUUCAUACUCGGGGAAAGCGGGCGAUAUACGAAAUCGGCAAAACAUAUUACUCGUGGAUGAUUCAAGGAAGAUAGUGUCGUUGACCUUAUGGGGCUCACUGAUACACAAAGUUGAUGAUCGUGAGGGUCAAGUCGUGGAUUUCCAAAAACUCUCUGUGAAAGAGUUCAAAGCUAGGAAGAAUCUCUCCUCAACUGGGAAUACAAGCAUCCAGUUCCCAAUAAGAUCCAAUUCGAGAACACGAGAGCUCGAAGAUUGGUGGAGAAGCAACAAGGGAAAUGUGAUAUUCGAAGAGCUCGAUAUUCCCACCUAA